AUGCUUGCUCAUUUUGGAGUGCUUGGACUUAAAUCCAUUCUCACUGACACGAAGCUUCUAAAGGAGGGAUCAGACGCAAAGGAUGAACCCGAGUCUGCCAUGAAGGACUCGGGAAAGGGACUUACUGGAAUUGUUGACCCUGCACCUGUGAUAGACCCUACAAAAUUUGAGAAAUCAGAAAAAGCCAAAGACCUGAUUGUGCUGAAUGUUGGGAAUAAGGUACUAAGAAAAAUUCAACAUUGUGAGACUGCUGUUGCAAUGUGGAGUACACUGAACAAUCUCUACACAGAGACUUCCCUACCCAACAGGAUUUAUCUACAGCUCAGGUUCUACACUUUCAAGAUGGUUGACUCAAAAUCUAUUGAUGUGAAUGUUGAUGACUUCCUAAAGUUUGUAGCAGACUUAAACAAUCUGCAAGUUGAAGUAUUAGAGGAAGUUCAAGCUAUUUUACUUCUAAGUUCUCUACCUGCUAAGUAUGAUCAACUCAAGGAGACUCUCAAGUAUGGGAGAGACACACUGAGCCUAGCUGAGGUUACUGGUGCUGCAAAGUCUAAAGAAAGAGAGUUGAUCGAGAGUGGCAAGUUCACCAGGUCAGGUGGAGAAGGUCUGCUUGUAGACAGAGGCAGAUCAGAACAAAGAUCCGGAAAGGGCAAUGGAAAGACAUACAAAGGAUGUCGAUAUGAAGGAAGAGACCUUACAGUUAAUUUUUACAAGGAUGAUAAAAGGGUUCUGUCUGGAAGGUAUCAUCUGGGACUAUAUUAUCUUCAAGGAAUAGUCUUAAGAGGAGAAGCUAAUCUAUCUCGAGCAGAGAAGAAUAUGACUAAUGUUUGGCAUUCACGCCUCGGUCAUAUGAGUCUUAAUAACAUGUCAGAACUUGUCAAAAGGGGAUUUAUUGUCGACGAGGAUGUUAAGACCCUGGAUUUCUGUGAACAUUGUAUCAUUGGGAAGUCACACAAGCAAAGCUUUCCCAAAGCUAAACAUGUGACUAAUGGCAUUAUGGAGUAUGUUCAUUCUGACCUAUGGGGUUCUCCUUCUACACCAGACAGCCUUGCUAGAGCUAAGGAAUGGAAAGCUGAAGUUGAAACUAAGACAGAGAAGAAAGUCAAGUGUUUGAGAACAGACAAUGGUUUGGAGUUCUGUAAUAAACAGUUUGCUGAUUACUGCAAGAAGGCUGGGAUUAAGAGGCACAUAACCUGCACUUACACUCCGCAGCAGAAUGGAGUUUCAGAAAGAAUGAACAUAACAAUUAUGGAUAAGGUGAGAUGUAUGUUAGCCGAAUCUGGCUUGGACCAAAGCUUCUGGGCAGAAGCUGCAUCUACUACGCGAUUUAUAUGUUUAAUAGAUCACCUAACUCUACGCUGA